AUUUUCUCAUCUCCUUCCUCUGUUACAUUGCUUACUAAGGAAACUAUCUUUCUUCUCAUUAUAUUAUAUAUAUAAAUAGCAAUAUAUAUUUUCUGUCUUGAACAAAGUCUUAUAUUUGAAUGGUGGUGAAAAUUAAAAAGUUUCAGGUGAAAAUUAGGACGUUGAAGCUAGAAUUAGGAGUUGAUGAUAAUAUUGAAGCAUUUGAUGGGGUGAAUCAAGAAUCAAAAAAAGUGAAGAUGAUGGCAAUUAAGAUGAAAUGGAAAGGUGAACCCAAGUUUGGAUUAGUCCCAUUUCAUUAUAAGCAGAAGAAAGAUAUUACAAGUCGGAGAAUUGUGAAGAAAGGACAGCUAAUAAUUCCAUUGAAUGGAAUAGUGAUAGUGAUGAGUUUGAGAAUGUUUGUUGUUUUACAGAGGUUUCUGGUUGUUAUCACAGUCUAAAGUAUUCAUUCGCCUUGGGAUGUCUCAUUUAAUGUUUUAUAUUCAAAUAAAUUGGAGGCAAAAAUGGUGGUUAAUGUAGCAGAAAUGGCUUCAAAAAUGGUGUCUGAAGUUGAAGAGAAACUUCCCAUUACUUUGAAUAUUGGUAGAGUUUCUAUAUCACCCACUCUCCAUAAUGUGGGGAAGCCUGAACCUUCUACUGAAUCAAAGGACAAAAAUGAAGGCAGCAGCAAGAAGUCUGCUUGGGAAGUGAAAGAGCUACAGAAUAGGGAUGGACAAACAAGGCUCAAAACCAAUGUCUUCUUUGCAUCUUUCGACCAAUGUAGCGAUAAAGCUGCUGGCGAGAGUGCUUGUACAGCACUGGUUGCUGUCAUCUCCCAUUGGCUGCAAUCGAAUAGAGAUGCAAUGCCCACGAGGUCAGAAUUCGAUAACCUCAUAUUACAUGGUUCCUCAGAAUGGAGAAAGUUAUGCCAAAAUGAUACUUACAUCAAUGAUUUCCCAAACAAGCACUUUGAUUUAGCGACUAUCUUGCGUGCUGGUAUUCGACCUAUAGCCAUAUCGCAUGAUCAAUCCUUCGUUGGAUUCUUCAGCCCUGAGAAGUUUGAAUCAUUACAAGGAGUAAUGUCAUUUGAUCAAAUAUGGGAAAAGAUUAGCAGCAUUGCAGAAGAGACUGCAUUUGAGCCUAGAGUAUAUAUUAUAAGUUGGAACGAUCAUUUCUUCGUGUUGAAGGUGGAAGCUAACGCUUAUUACAUUAUUGAUACAUUGGGAGAAAGGUUAUUUGAGGGUUGCAACAAAGCAUACAUUUUAAAGUUUGAUGAUAACACUAUGAUGUUUGAGAAGGUUUACGCGGAGGAGAAGUCAUUGAAAAAUGAUACUAAGGCUAAGGAAGAGAUGAUAUGCAAUGGGAAAGGAUGCUGCAGAGAAUUCAUCAAGAGAUUUCUCGCGGCUAUCCCUCAAAAGGAACUGGAGGAGCAAGAGAAAAAGGAGACAGUUUCUUAUUUCUCUCUACAUCAUCGGUUGCAGAUAGAGUUCAAUUCGAGUUACUUGUUGUCUUCUUCUUCGUCGUCUUUAACAUCAUCCCCUUUCUCUUCUUCUGCUACUUCUACACCUUCUUAUUUGUAAGAUGUAUAGUAUUUAAUUUGCCUGGUGUGUAUCAGAGUGCUGCUAAUGUGAAUGCAUUAUCAUAUAUCAAGCACAAUUAGAUUGUCUGUUUUCACACUCAAAA